UUCCAGGAAAAGGUAAAGAUUUCUCAAGACCGUGGUGCCACAAUUUACACCCAAAUACAGGUGUUCCUGGAGCCGUCUUGGCGCUGGUGGGUGUAUGGUUUCAUAUGUUACUGAUCAUACAAUGAGAUCCUAGGUGAAACCUACAUCAAAUACAGCGCCAUGUUGUGUCUGGUUGGUCGUAGCCAGCUUGGUCCUCAUCCUAUUUUUCAGGGACUUAUUGGCCCUUAGCACAUGCAGCUAUUUCAAGUUUCCUUCUUCUCCUCAAGUGAAACUGCUGCCUGGGAUUUUCUAUUCACUUGCUACCACUCUAUUAAUCUCACAUUCUCGCCUCUUUUCUGUGCCACCCCGUGUGGGUCCGACAGGUUGUUACUAGAGUGCGAUACAAAGUCUUAGUCAAGGGAACCUCCUGAGGGUUGCUGAGGGCAGGGGUGAAGCUAGUAGCCUGAGGACCUGCCAGUCACGGGGAUUCCUCAUGGGCACAGAGGAGGGAGGAGGGGCCCAUGGCCCUAGCAUAUGAGAAGCCUCUCCUCUGCCUGGAAGUCCCAUGCCUCAGCUUCCCCCACACUCCCACCUGUCCGCUUGCCUCUGAACUCACGCAUUUCUUGGAAGUCUUGGGAGAUUCACCUUUACUCAGAUGGUUGUUUACCUGUCUCGUGCACAGCUUGACCUUGGACUUUAAAGUGAGGAUAAAGAACGAGGAGGAUGGGGGGAUGCCCUCCUUCCACGGGGCCCUGUGGCUUCCAAGCCUCGGCCUCCUCUGGUCUCUUGUCUGUGGAGCCUCCUUCAAACCCAGGGAAAUAAAACCACCUGCCACGGGUUGUGGUUCUUCUGGGAUCUUCUAUCAAUGUUCUAUGAGGUCCCCAGGAGCCAUGAAGCUGGGGCUGACUCCCAGGGCAAUGGGACUGCAGUGUCCUUAUUCUUUCUUGUUCUAUGCAUCCAUGCUCUGCUCCACCCCUGCCCCUUCACUCUGCCCACACACAUCACUCCAGACUGGCCUUGUGGUCAGAGCCUGGAGUGCAUGGGCUGCUGGGGGCCUGUGGGCUGCACUGGGCCAGAACCCCUGGCACCUUCAAGACUGGCCUGGAGCCAGCAGGUAGGUGACCUUUCCAGGGCCUGCCUAUCCCAUCUUUCUCCUCCAAUCCCUCCCCUCUCUUGCCUGGGUCAAUUAGAGAAAUCUUGUCUGUUGGCCUGCCUGGCAGGGUGGAGUUCAGGGGCAGGUCAGGAGCCCCGUGACAGCUCAAAAAACAAAAAACAAAAAACACAAACCUACAAAAACAAAGCCACCUUUGGGCCUUUCCCCUUUCAUUCUGUUUUCUACACAGCAAACUCAGUCGUGGCUUUGGAGAUCACUUUAAGCUUGUCUCCAGCUGGCAAACUAAGGAGGGUAACGGAGAAGCUCCCCCACCCCCAACCCUACCCCUUCCUUCCGGAAGCAAAUCUAAGUCCGCCCUGGCUCCAGAUCCCUCCCACCCUGGACCUAAGAAACCCUCAGCACAGACAACACCCCUGCAUUCCCCACACAACACCCACACUCAGCCACUGCGGGCGAGGAGGGCACAAGGCCAGGUUCCCGAGAGCUCAGGGAACGGGCCUGGCUCUGGCCCCUGAAGCGGGAACAUGGAGCUGAUCCAGGAUAUCUCCCGCCUGCCACUGGAGUACGUGAAGGGGGUCCCGCUCAUCAAGUACUUUGCAGAGGCACUGGGGUCCCUGCAGAGCUUCCAGGCCCGGCCUGAUGACCUGCUCAUCAGCACCUACCCCAAGUCCGGCACCACCUGGGUGAGCCAGAUUGUGGACAUGAUCUACCAGGGCGGCGAUCUGGAGAAGUGUCACCGAGCUCCCAUCUUCAUGCGGGUGCCCUUCCUUGAGUUCAAAGUCCCAGGGAUUCCCUCAGGGCUGGAGACUCUGAAAGACACACCGGCUCCACGGCUCAUCAAGACACACCUGCCCCUGGCUCUGCUCCCCCAGACUCUGUUGGAUCAGAAGGUCAAGGUGGUCUAUGUUGCCCGCAACGCAAAGGAUGUGGCGGUUUCCUACUACCACUUCUACCACAUGGACAAGGUGCACCCUGAGCCUGGGACCUGGGACAGCUUCCUGGAGAAGUUCAUGGUCGGAGAAGUGUCCUACGGAUCCUGGUACCAGCACGUGCAGGAGUGGUGGGAGCUGAGCCGCACCCACCCUGUUCUCUACCUCUUCUAUGAAGACAUGAAGGAGAACCCCAAAAGGGAGAUUCAAAAGAUCCUGGAGUUUGUGGGGCGCUUCCUGCCAGAGGAGACCGUGGACCUCAUGGUUCAGCACACGUCGUUCAAGGAGAUGAAGAAGAACCCUAUGACCAACUACACCACCGUCCCCUGGGAGUUCAUGGACCACAGCAUCUCCCCCUUCAUGAGGAAAGGCAUGGCUGGGGACUGGAAGACCACCUUCACCGUGGCGCAGAAUGAGCGCUUCGAUGCGGACUAUGCGGAGAAGAUGGCAGGCUGCAGCCUCAGCUUCCGCUCUCAGCUGUGAGAGGGGCUCCUGGAGUCACUGCAGAGGGAGUGUGCGAAUCAAGCCUGACCAAGGGGCAAAUCAAUCCUGACCAAGAAUAAAAUAUGAAUUGAGGGCCAGGGACGGUAGGUCAUGUCUGUAAUCCCAGCAAUUUGGGAGGCUGAGGUGGGAGGAUCAUUUGAGCUCAGGAGUUCAAGACCCACCUGGGCAACAUAGAUUCUGUUGAAAAAUAAAAUAAAAUAAAAUCAAUUUUUAAAAAGAGAAUAAAAUAUGAUUUGUGGGCCAGGCAGGGUGGCUCAUGCCUGUAAUCCCAGCAAUUUGUGAAGUUGAGGCCAGAAGAUCACUGGAGGACAGGAGUUUGAGACCAGCCUGGUCAACGUAACAAGACACCAACCUUACAAAAAUUUGAGAAAAUUAUUUGCAUGUGGUGGUGGGCACCUGUAGUCCCAGCUACUUGACAAGUGAAGGCAGGAGGAUCGCCUGAGCCAGGGAGGUUGUGGCUGCAGUUGGCUGUGACUGGGCUAAUCCACUCAAGCCUGAGGGACAGAGUGAACCCUGCCUGAGAAAUAAACAAUGUAAUGAAAAUAAAUUUGAUUCGUGAUCAGCCUGGCCAACAUGGUGAAACCCCGACUCUACUGAAAAAAAAA